CUUAAGAGCUGACUUAUGUCGAUUUCUUGUGGAUGUCGAUACAAAAGACUUUCCUUCAUUACAGUAACGGCGAACAGAUUUCAUCUAGCCACCUUUAAAGUGCAUUUUGUCGCUAAAAAUGCCACAGUGGGUACAAUUGCCUCCGAAUUUGCUACCGGAGAAACACACGAUGGGAAAGUCAAUCUACACUACUGAUUAUUCUAGCAAGAGACCUGGCUUUCAACUUCAUCUUCAAAAGGCUCGCGGAUUUCCAAGCAGCAAACAUCAUCCAUCGGUACCAAAGGUUCGCCGUCCUAAUAUACUCGCUUGAUCUCCCAGUUAAGCCGAGUCAUGUAGAAGUUAGUUAACAUUUAAACUUAAUAUUUGCACCACAUAAAUUCGCAUGACCUCCUUUCAGGAUCCCGGCUUUUCCGCAGUAUUAAAGCAAAGUCACCAUUAUACUAUGUUUCUCUGUCGGUCGAAUUUCACUGUUUACUAAGCAAAAUGAUUUUCAUCAGUUUAAAUAGUAAUGAAUGAUUAUAACACGAAUCUUAUUCCCCUCAGAAACCCGACAGAAAGACGAUGCGAGCGCAUCAGACCGGCAAUUACCUCAAUUUUAAAGAAGAUUUCGAGAGAGCCUUGUCCACUGUAAGCUCACACCAAAUGCGGAAUUUUCGAUCAGAUGUUGACAUAAAAACACCCGACGACUCAAGAUCGGCAGGUACUUUAAUUAAUUUUCAGAACUGGAUAAUGCCGUGUCUACCACUGUCCUUACAUUUCAUGACGCAAAUUUCUUUAAUGAGUUGCCAAUAUGUUGUUACAGAACGCAUUUGAAUCACGAAAAUUCAAGUAGGAAGGUCACAAAGAAGCCAGCGAGAAUUUUUUGGUACAAUCCAUAGUUUUCAUGUAAAAGCGCAUACUUUAGACAAUACAGAUAUUAGCCGAAAGCUUUUAAUCCUUCAGACGCACCAAGUUGUGAAGCCGAUGUAUCUUACUGUUUAUUUGAGAGAUCCAAAAUGUUUAUUCAAACGAUAAUUUCAAGAGGACAAGGGAAACUAUGACCUUAAUUACUCUUUUUUGGUCUUAAUUCUGAGAGACCAAGGAAUUUCACUGAAUGAAUCCUGAGAGGAAAAAAGUAAACACGUGCAGAUUAUUUUGAAAAUAUCUCUUCGCUAGUUGUCGCCCAAAGUAAACUUGAGACACUAAAGGACUUUGACAGCUGGGUUUUUAGCACACGAGAGGUGUUAAAACGGCGAGUAAGAACUGAAUCGAGCAUGAGCAAUGAAAAAACAAAUGAUUAAAUCGGAUGAAAGCAAAUUACACUUGCCAUAUAUACAUAUUUAUGAUUUCGUUAGGCUUGUGUUUUUUACUGUUUUUUCUUAGAUUUGUUUUUCUUGCCUAGCCACGCACUCGGAAAGGGCAUUGUUACAGAAAUUUAUUCAGCCAACACUAGAAUUAGUGGAGGAGGCAUGGCGAGGAGAAGCGACCAGCACAAAACGGAAUAGAGGUAUUUGAACAAUGGAUAGAAAGUUGGUUUCACACCUGUGUAUGGGUAAUAUUCAUUGAAAUGAUUUUUUCCAUUUUAUCGGCAGAUCGCCUUUAUGGUGUGGCUGGACAGAAAGUUGAGCUACACAGUAGACCUGAAAGACGCGAGGUAUGACAUUAACAGAGUAAGAACUUAUUUGAGUGAGGAAUUGCAGCAGACGUUUUCCAUCCUUUUUGUUUUGAAGCUAUACUUUCGCUAAAAUUGAUUUUCAUUUCUUAAUCUAGUUAGUGAGGUCAAAAGAAAUGUCUACUUAGCAGUUUCCUGAAGUAGAAUUUGCGAACUUAAAGAAUAAUGGGAAGAACAGAUUCUAGCGAAAUGAUCGCCGGCACAACGUGAAGAAGAGAAAUUCUAUUCUGGGCACAUUACAAGAUUAUUUGUACAAACGCACUGGGGGAGGUGUACUCUCUUAUGUCUUCCAAUUAAAUGAACUUACAUUUGUUUUCCGUUCAGGCGAAAAUAAAGCGCCCUGUUCUGCCUGGUGUUAACAAUUGGUUACGGUCUUCAACCGAAUAUGGUAAUUUUAAUGCUUUUCCUUUGAGAAUGUUUUCUUCCAUGAUUUCCCGAUUACCAGUGUUCUCCAGUUGUUUUGGGUUAAAUUAGUUUGUUCUUUUCCUCCCAGAAAAAGCAGUUGUCCACAACUUCAUAGAUACAUUAAACAAGGCGUCCUCGAGUGUUGUACAAGUGAAACAGAGUGCACCUAGAGCCGCAGAGAAAACUACGAAACCUCAAUUUUCAAAGGAAUUGUAUUUCCAACAACGGGCAAAAAGUGCUCGCUCCAAAAGAGUAUCAGAACGCCCCACACUUCCACCGCGUCCCAAAUCUGUUGGAUCAGUAAGGUUAGUGACUUUCUCAAGGAAAAGUGUGUGUAAGUGUGUGUCACUGAAGCUGAAAAUGACAAUUCUUUAUUCGCUGAACUUCAGAAAGUGUUGCAAGACGGACCAUAGAGAGUUGUAAAGUCAGUAUUUUUGGAUUUGUUUUGAUCGCUAUGUCUUUUUUUUACCCGACGAGCUGCUCUGAGUACGAUAAUGUAGGAUCACCACUGCCGGUCUUUCGUGAUCUUCAACUCUGUCUGACUGACACAAAAGUGAGAAAAUAUCGAAUGGAAAGUAAAGGAUCUGGGAAGAGUGCUAACUCUUACUAGUUUGCCUCCUCCACUCAUUCAUUCCUGUCAGUCCACGCAUGGUAUUAUUUCAGCGGAGUAUGCACUUUUCUUACAACUGAUCAAAUUUUGACUUACUCAUCAGGAAUGAAGGCAAAGUUGCUGAGAUAACCCAAAAUCAAGUCGUGGAACAUGCACACCCCCAUCACUUUAAUCACGGGGAAGGAAAGUGUGAAUUUUGUGAUUAUUUAAGAGUGAAGAGAUUAUUGGAACACCUUAACAAGUAAGUUGCACGCCUUCUGUUAAGUAGUUUGUAAUGUUUUGCAGACAACAAGACGGGAAGCACUUUUCCUGUUUCAAAGCAAAGGUUUAAUGCUUUGGGCCAUUGGUUAUUCCCUAUUCCUUCCUGGUUCUCCUUGACUGUGGUUACACUCUGCGCAAAUUUUUUGGAAGUAUGUGAGGGGAAGAGUAAAGUUAUAACCGCUAUGAUAAGACCAAAACUUUAGCUACAAGACAACAAAAAAGAGUAACGAUGAAGAGAAUUAAACCAACGUCCAAAAUGGGUUGAUGUUAGGAUAAGAGGUCUCUGUUACGCAAUGUCGUUGUCAGUUCAUAAUAUGUACAAUUCGCGAUGAGAGUUCGUAAUUUGUCAAAUUAAAUGAUUUGUUUUAAUUUCAUGUCUCCAGGUACGGAUCCUGUGGUAUAGGAGAAGCAACCCUAACACACUUACUAAGGCCACGAGUGGACCCUACAUACCACACAAGUUUUGAAGAUUACGACUACGUACACGAAAAUUCAUUUUUCACUAACACGAGCGCAAGAGAUCGAGGCUACUUCAUAAUAGCUCCUGACUGGGUUUCAGAAAGGAAGGGUGUUAUGUCUACCCAUUACCAAUGACCAGCGGUCAUUUCUACGUUCCACAUGCUCCCUACGGAUCGAGAUGAAGUUUCUCAACAGUUAAACAGAGACACAGCACUUGAUGGUGACCCAUGCAUCCUUCUUCGCUGAUGAGGGACUAUUAAAACAUACAAAACCGAAAAAAAUGUAAUGUGUCAAUACGCCCGAUUGGAACGUCAAAACUAUUUACAAUUUUAUUGUCCCAGUCGCGCGCCUUGAAAAGUUUCUUGCUACUAGUAAUAUUUGUUAUCGUGCAAAGAAAAAAGAGACUUUUUUUAGAGUUAAUAUAUUUUCAUCUGUACGAUCUCACGACUAAGAACACAGAUUUCACUAAACAUUUGAUUUCGUAAACUAUUUAAACGGUAG